AUGGAGCCUGAUACUACGGCAGAAUUACAACAACAGUCACAGCCACCGCCUUACGAAGCAUCUCAACAAGGUUUGGUCUUAUAAAUAUUAACUAGAUUUGAUGAUAUCCGUGUUAUAUAUUAACACCAUUAUUCAUUAAUCUAUGUCAAUUAUACUUUAUAGUCAUACGUUUAAUAACUGCCAACUUCACCUAUUUUUCAAGUAUAUAAAACAGUUUAAAUGUAUACCAGGUGGGUUUUGAGAACUGUUCUGAGUCUGACACUCAGCUGGGCAUUUCAUUAUCAAUUCGCUACAAAUGUUAUAACGGUAAAUUAUAUACGUUUUCAAGCGGAUCAAAAUAAUUAAAAAAAUAUAUGAAGAACUCGCAAAAUGUUCAGGCUAGGCGGGCUAAAACGAGCUAAUAUAAAUGUAAUAAUUAGUAAAUGUUACUAAACAAGCUAACGAGUAAUACUAAUGACUCUGUUUGCACCCUUCUUUAAAUAUAUUAGUUUAAUCUAUUCUACGGCUACGUUUCCUGUUUUUAAUUGCUGUCGUUUAUUUAACCGCAGGGAACGUAAAAUUUUCUCGCACUCUUCCUUAAAUAAACUCAUUCUUAUAUUUCUUCUUCUUUAAAUAAAGGCCUGAUUCCACGACGGCGAAAUUCUUCGUGAGAAAUUGUGUCUGCGAAAUACGGAUGGCUGCACAUGAGCGAUUCCAUGGAAUUUUCCCACUUUUUCCGCUUUCGCACUGAGUGGAACUGGCUUCGUCUCACUGGUGCAGCGAAUUUUUUUCUCGCGAAGCCUAAUUUAUCUUUACCGCGCAUGCACCUAAUUCAUUUCGCGCAAAAUUUUUCGCAUUUCCCCGAAGCGCCCGUGGAAUCAGGCCUUGACAAAGUACUCUUUUUCUAUUGACAAUCCAUACCAAAGUGGCCAGACAGGGGGGGGGGGAGUGGAGGCAUGGCCGGCGCAGGUCUAACACCGCCCCUGGGAUGGAGAAGGCCAACAGACCUAACCAGGGUUCGUAGUCUCCAAGACCAAAAAAACUCAAAGACUUUCAAAGAUUUUUUCCGCCUAUUUUCAAAGACUUUUCAAAGCCCUUUGAGAGCAAUCAGCUGUCGAAAAAUUGCGAAAUCAAAUCACAUCCUAAAAAGCGCCCUUUCGUCGAUAUUUGCGAAAAACUUGCUUCAAUCAAUCUGUUUUAUUAGCUAGGAAAUCAUAUAAUCAUUUCCUCACUGAAGAAUUUAAAAACUUUUAAUUUCUUUCUUCGCUUUUUCACACAAUUCAAAGACUUUUCAAAGACCUUAAAGACCUGCAUUCAAAUUUAAAGACUUUCAAGGAUUUCAAAGACCGCUACGAACCCUGCUAACUGAUUAUACAUUAUAUAACAAAUCUCCAAAGUUGUUUGUCAGGUUACUAAACAUUUUCCUUGACUAUACCUUUCCCAAUUAUUUUGCAGUGGCGUAUCCAGGCUAUCCACCGGCAGCUCAACACAAUGUUACCACCAAUACGACUGUCGUUGCCCAACCCACAAUAGUCAUGGCAACAACACUUGGACCUGUGCCAGUGGGUAUGAUCUGUCCUCAUUGUCAGGCACAGAUUGUGACAAGUACAAGCUAUGAGCCAGGAACUCUGACUUGGCUGGCUUGUGUUGUGGACUUGCUCUUGUUGGGUAGGUACUUUGCCUUUGGUAGGUAGGCUUAGGGGCUGUUUAUAUGGUCCCGCUUACCCGGGAUUCAAUGAAGUGUGACGUAUUUUAAGCAAUUGAAAUAAGUCGCACUUCAUGAUCUAAUAAAAUUGCUUGUUACAAAUUGUAUGAAAUUCCAUGUGUUAGACAAAAAAACAAUGUCGUUGAAUGCUAUUGUCUUCUUCCACUACUGAAAUAACGUAACUUCUAGCGCGUUCCUAAUUUCGUUUAAACAAUAUUUAGACUGAGAAAAACGUAUUUCAAUUGCUCAAAAUAUUUCACACUUAAUUGUCACAUUAUCCUUCUUGGACAGGGGGGAAUGAAAAAGCGGCAGUAGUGGGGUUAACCAAACUAUCUCCCCAAUUGCUCUUGUUAAUUCACAUAGCAAAGGUCAGCAGGAUGUGAACGCAUCGCUUGUUCCCAGUUGUUGACAAGUCUGGAACAAGUUGUUAUCUUGUAAUAAGAUUGAGGAGGCCAACAGACUCGUAAGAAGUUAUUCCAACAAGUCUGAUAUCGUCUGCACGUAACAAGUUGUUAACAAUUUGAUGCCAACAAGCGCGUAUAGCAAUCUCAUACGAACAGCCUGUAUUAGUCUUGCUGGAACAAAUUGUAGCAAAUCUGUUACCGUCAUUAUUAAACUUGUAACACAGUGAUAACAAGUUGUUCAAGAUUAUCACACCUGAGAACAAGCAGUGCGAACACAUUCUGAUAUCGAUUUGACAACAACCUUAAGCAACUUUGUUUGCAUAUCUGUAAGACCUGUGCGUUUUUACGCGUGUAGACGAUUUUAUUCGUCAAGACAAAGGGCAUUAACAGCAGACUAUUUCUCAAUUAACAGCAAUACAGAAAAGACAAUCGUGAAAAGUGAAUUUUCCAUGCUUUACAAGGAAUAGACCUUAUGCAUAUAAUGACGUCACAAGACUUGAUGCCCGCGAGGAAUGCUGGUCUUAUUAGUCAACGACCGGAAAAAUUAAACAAUUCAAAAUGGCCACUAUUGAAAUUUUCCCGAGCAAUGACUACUAAGACCAACAUUCCUCGCGGGCAUCAAGCCUUGUGACGUCAUUAUGCAUAAGGUCUAUUACAAUUAUCUUUCUCUCUAUUUUCCUUAGGUGUUGGGAAGGUUGCUGCCUCAUUCCAUUCUGCGUGGAUGGUUUGA